UCUUUCUUCCUUCGUCUAUCGGAAGCAUUCCUCUCCUCUUCAAGAACCAAAAAAAAGGAGAAGAAGAAGAACACCCCUUCUUCUCGUGAGACUUUCUCCGAUCGGUAUCUCGUUGAUAUUCUUGGUUCUAAUUUUCUACCUUGACCAUGGUUAAGCGCGGGAAGCGUGCCUUUUCUCAGAGAGAGAACAAUGAGGACAACAGGUAUCAGAAGAGGCGAGUUUCAUUCGACAAAGAUGAGAAGAUUAGUAAUGAUGAGCUUGUGGCUUACAGAAUUCUAUGCCCUGAUGGCGUCAUUGGAAGUGUUAUUGGAAAAAGCGGGAAAGUCAUAAACGCAAUUAGGCAAGAAACGAGAGCGAGAAUCAAAGUGCUGGACCCUUUUCCUGGUUGUAGUGAAAGGGUCAUUGCUAUAUAUUGCUCAGUUAAGGAGAAGAAAGAGAUUGACAUAGAGGGGGAGCUUCAUUGCAAUGAGCCUCUGUGUUCUGCUCAAGAUGCUCUUUUGAAAGUUCAUGAGGCAAUUGUGAAUUCUUUAGCUACUGCUGCAGAGAAUAUUAGAAUAGAGAGAGAUGACAAGAAAGAAUGCCGUAUUCUCGUUCCGUCUAGCCAAUCUUCCAACGUGAUUGGUAAGGCUGGAUCCACGAUAAAGAGGAUUAGGAGUAAGACUAGGGCAACUGUUAAGGUUGUCUCCAAGGAUGCGUCUGAACCGAUGCACUCUUGUGCUAUGGAUUUUGACAACUUUGUUCUGAUAUCUGGUGAGCCAGAGUCAGUGAAGAAAGCACUUUCUGCCAUCUCGGCUAUCAUGUACAAAUUUAGUCCUCGAGAACAGAUUCCUCUGGAUACUAUUGUCCAAGAAGUUCCAGCUAGUAUUAUAAUCCCAUCAGAUGUUUCUAUUUAUCCUCAAACUAGCUUAUACCAAAACCAGGAUCCUAUCCUCCAACAUAGAGCCGGUGUUCCGGCUCUUCUCGGUUCACUACCUGUUUCUGACCUUCAGGGUUGCGCAGAAACUUCUGUGAAUCAACUUCCUGUUUUUUCUUCUGGUUUUCCUGUGGUACCUGGCUUUGGUGGGCCUGCUAGAUCAGAAGAGUUGAUUUUAAAGGUUUUGUGCCCUUUUCCCAAUAUUGGCCGUGUUAUUGGGAAGGGAGGAUCUACCAUUAAGGGUAUAAGACAAGCAAGUGGUGCUCAUAUUGAGGUUAAUGACACAAAGACAGAUCGUGAUGAGUGUCUGAUCACUAUCACGGCUACAGAGUCUCCUGAUGAUUUGAAAUCUAUGGCCGUUGAAUCUAUUCUUCUUCUUCAAGAGAAAAUUAAUGAUGAGGAUGAAGAGAAUGUUAAAAUGCGGCUCCUUGUCCCAUCCAAGGUUAUUGGAUGCAUUAUAGGAAAAAGUGGAUCAAUCAUAAGUGAGAUCAGGAAAACGACCAGAGCUGAUAUCCAUAUCUCGAAAGGGAGUAAGCCUAAGUGCGCUGACACCCGUGAUGAGCUCGUAGAGGUAUCUGGUGAGGUCAGCCCUGUGAGAGAUGCACUCAUUCAGAUUGUUUUGAGACUCCGAGAUGAUGUUUUAAGAGAUAGGGAUGGUAGUGCUCGGAAACCUUCUGCCGCGUCUGAUAAUAAUCUCUUCUCUGGUAGUACUGCUGGUCUUGCGGUUCCAUCUCUCUUGCCUUCUGCUCCACAAGUUGCUCCAUUAGGUUUUGAUCGGAGACCAGAAACAGGAAGUGGCUUUGGAGUACUUCCUUCAGGUGGUCUGUAUGGUUAUGGAUGUCUGCCGACAGGAGAAAAUGGUUUUGGAUCCAUCCCUUCUUACUCAUCCAAGUUUUUUGAAGGGUUAUCUCAACCUACCUUGGAGAUUCUAAUCCCGGCUAAUGCUGUUGGUAAAGUAAUGGGUAAACGAGGAGCCAACUUGGUCAACAUAAGAACGAUAUCAGGAGCCAUGAUAGAAAUUUCUGAUUCCAAAUCUUCACAUGGUGACCGCAUUGCUCUUAUUUCCGGCACCCCCGAACAAAAGCAUACUGCUGAGAGAUUGGUCCAAGCUUUUAUUAUGGCCACCUGAAUACUGGGUAUGAGCGGGUCGUUCUUGAAGUUUACCGGCUUUUUAACAAGUCCUGUGAAAUCUUUCCCCGAAAAAUGUGUUUCUCUCUAGAUCUUGAUGAGAUCUUUCAACUGGGUUUUUCCCUCAUGCUUUCUUCCCCUUAACAAUGCCCGUCAAGCUCAUGUAGGAGGAUUUGCAGCUGUUAUAUAAACUUCCCUCUCUGUUCUGUCAGUUUGUUCUCAGUCCUAGGACAUCUCACUCUCUUUUAGGACCAUUUCCUCUCUCUCCUGGCAAGCUGAGCUGUCCAUUCAAAAGAUAUACUUCUUGUCUCAUAACAUCAAGCUUUUGCUUGUUCUCUGAAUGUGGAACAGGAUCUCUGCUUUUGUCCCUCAGUCCACUCAGUUAUUAUGUGUUGGUUUACUGGCUGUGUUGAUCAUUUUCUGAUGCCAUAAUUUUCUUGUUUUCUGCCUUAAAAUCUAAGAAUCGUCCAAGGGAGUAGCUAUUUAUCAUCUCAUUCUUCUGCUAGAGGAUAUGCCUUAUUAGCAUUUCCUUUUCUGUUCUUUCAACUCUGAUCAUUCUCCUUGACCCUUUUGGUCAUCUUCUUGCUUGUUCAUAAACUUUUGAUGAACUUGUGGAGAGCAUACUUGGUUUGUUCAUAAGGGGGAUUUUUGUGCUCUCUCUCUCAGAUUCCCACGGGGUCUUGGUUUUUUCAAGUGUUUAUAUAAUUGAGAAAAUUUCUAUUUUAAGGUCUUGUCGGUCCAUUUGGACGAUUUUUUAGGAGUUGAUUAUGUAAUUGAAACCACUAUUUCAUUAUGUUAAGCUGCCAAAUACAAAUUUCUUUUGAUGUAGUUUUUGUAUCAUAAGUUGAAAUAAUCCUUGUUUUGAUUGGCCACUUUAUUUUCCUCUCCCUCGCGUUCACGCAUGGCGACCUUCUCUUUUCUCUCUCUCUCUCUCUCUAGAUUCCUUCUCUCUCUCUCUACAGACCUCCCCCUGGCUCCAGAUUUCCCCCAACCAUGGCUGUGAUUCUCUGUCCAGUUUGAAUCCAUCCCCCAACCCCGAACCCUAGAGAUGGAUCGACUCCUCCUCGUCAAAAGGCCCUCGGCUCCAUUCCCUCCGUCGCCGUCCAUGUCGGUUGCGUCAUGUCCUCCUCCGUCUUCCGUCUGGUCGGGUCGCUCCAGGCAUUGGGCCGUCACUCUCCUCCUACCCAUGUGUUGAAAAGCUUCUCCGCAUCGAGCUUGGGGUAGAAACGGAGGGCGGAAUCAUCCCGAAGCACUAGGCGCGGCGCGUGAUGGACAAGGACUACUUCUUUGUAUGAACAGGGAUCAGCUAGAGGCCUAGAACAGAGCAAUAAUACAGAUUGGAAACCUUCACACGCUGUCUUGUUGAUUUCCUUUAUGAUUCGAGCUGGUGGAGAAAUGGAUAGACCGGAAAACCUGUUCUUGGUCGGAUUUUCUGUCAAACUAUGGCUGCCUGCUGCUUUGGAUGUGUUCUUCUUUCAGGCAUAUGGCAUUAUGCUUCUCUUCUGUCUUCUUCAAGAGGUUCUGCUUCAUUGCCAUGGAAUUCUUUGUUACCAUUAAUAGUGGAAAAUAUUAUUUGAUGUGCCAUCUUGUAUAUAAUUAAUGACUUCAAAUGCAGUUUAUAAUAUUUUAUUUGGAUUCUCA